ACUUUUGGUUCACUGAUAAGGACAAUUUUGUUCAUUUCGCCGAUCUUAAGAAGCCAUAUGUGUUCUAUGUAGAAGAAGAAGCUCGCACAUAUAUGUUAUGUUUACAAUUACACUAAUUUCCUUACUUUGAAAUCUUAAUCGAUAUGGUAAGGAAGACGAGCGCGGCUUUUCCUUACUGUAUGUAGCCUAUGAAAAGUCUAUACAAACUCACAAAAUUUCUUUUUGUCUUGGACCCCAUUCGCAGUUGAGUUUAUGAAAAUAAAUUUUCGUCGUAGAAUUGAACGGAAAGACAACAAAUUUCUAAUGAUAUUAAAAAAAGGAAACAUUUCUUAAGUUAUGUAUUAUGGAAGACUCCACGGUUAAAGUAAAGUAUCAAAAAUAUAAAUUACGCGUUAAAGUAUGGGAAAAAGAAUUUAGAAAGAAACAUGGUCGUAUACCAUCAAAGUAUGAUAUAAAAGAAGCUCAUCAAGAGAUCAAAGAUUCUUAUAAAAUGUAUUAUAAAAUGAAAACCGCAUUUCUGGAAAACACCCUUAAUGACACACUCUCAGAUGAUGGGUUUGAUGUCUUGAAACUGUCUCAAGUGGACGGCGGAUUAGACAUUACUCUAAGUGAAAAUAGCGUCAAUGCGCAAGGCUCUCAAUUACCUCUUAAUUUUAGUGAAUUAGUGGACGAUUGUAACAAUUUUCCUGCGAUAGAAGCAAAAGCCCAAAAAGAAGAUGCGAACAAAAAAGUUUCAGACAAUGUAAAUAAAUUAAAUGGAUUUAAGCGUGAGUUCGAACCUGUAGAAGAAUUAUCUUUAAAUAAUAAGGCCUGGGACAACGAAAUAAAGAAAAAAAUUGAAUUGAAGGAAAAAACGGAAGUGGUAAAAAAGAAGAGCCUUGGUUUAAAUUUUACGCAAAAGUUGUUUCAAAACUCCUCCUUUUCGAAACGCAAUCCUAGGAAGUCAUUAACGCGCACUAUCUCAUCACAAAAAAAUAUCAGUGACAUUUCUGUAAAUAAUUCGCUGAUUAAUGCAGGAGACAGUUUGCCUGAUUUAGAAACAAUAUUAGUAGAGAAAGCCAAGGAACAGCAAAUGGCUGCCAUAAUAGUUAAUCCAUUACUGGCAAUUGAAAAAUGUGAAGAUGCUAUAAAAACUGAAAUCGACGAAGGUUGGUUAGAAAGAACUUCGAACCAGAAUGGCUUAAAAUCCCUUUCAACGCCAAAAAUUGAGGAAAAUGUAACUCAAACCAAAGGAGAAGCCCGACCUUCUGAGUUAAACGAUAUACACGUCAACAAUUUUUCCAAAAAAUCUCAAGAAGAAGGACUUGCAGCACCAUUAGAUAUAGAAAAGAGCAAUAACUUAAACAAAUUGGGUGAAAGAAAAAGAAAGCGAAGCUAUGACUCGGAUUAUGAUUCCAUAGUAGGAGACAGUGAGGACGAGACUUCGCUUCAGAAACAUAGGCACAUUAUUAAAAGGGGACGUGUCACGACUACCACAAUUCCUCAAGCAAUGGAUGCAAAACUCUCAUCACAACAAGGGACCUCAAAGUUCAAAAAAUCUUCUGAAAAAUUGGAAUGUUCUCCAAACCACAAAGAUUUCAUGAUCGAUGUAAACAAAAAUAUGGACUUUAAAGGAGGGCAACCCAAAAUUAAACGAAAUGUAGCCGUGACGGGACGAAAACCAAUAACUAAUAAAAUACGAUUAAAGAAAGAGAAGGCUCAACUAUCUUCAGAAACCUUCAAAGAAAAUCGAAAUAGACCCAAAAUGCGACGACAUACUCUUACAAAAUUGAAAAUGGAAAGCGAAUGUCCAAAUGAAACUAUCGACGAAAAAUUAUUUGAUCCUGAAGACCUUAAAUAUGCUUUAGUCUUAGAAGCAAAGGACAUUGCCACUGUACCGCGUGCUAAAUUAGAUGAUUUGCGUGUGGUUCAUAAAUUAGCUCAUAAAUAUAUAAGUAACAUUGUGCCUAUGAAAAACACACAAAGUGCUCCCAUUCAGGAUGAAAGUGGUAUAAAUGAAAAACAAGUGAUUGCCCAAAGAAAGCUGGAGGAAAAAAUAAGUGCGGGCAAAUUAAAUGAAAAUUUUAUCAAGAUUAAUAUAGAGAAAAAGACAUUUGUACGCGGCAAGAAAUCAAUCAAUUAUUCUCGUUAUAAAAAGAAGCAAUGGAGACAUAAAAAACAUGUAGCUGCUCUGGCAGGACAAGAUAUGGACAUGGGAGGCUGUGAUGGAGGUACACUUAAAUGUUUCAAGUGUGCUAAAACUGGCCAUUUUGCUGAAAACUGCAAAAUAAAAGGAGAUACGUUGUUGCCACUCAGCGCUCAAUUGGAGGAGGAUUCGUCGCCCUUUCCGACAUUAAAAGAGGCCGAGCGAAUGGCUAGCCAGUGCGCAUUAGCAGUACAUAGUAGGAAUGUUUCGAAGUUGCCGAAAGCUGCAAAUGCUAAAAUUUAUCAGGAAAACUCUUUCGAACAACGAAUGGACGACAAAGAAGUGGCCGGCGAUAGUCCCGACAACAAUAUUAACAUCAACGAGCAAACUGUUAGUAUUAAAACAAAUUCUUUAAUGGAGACGGAUGAUGAAUUAGAAAAUAUUAAUUUUGAAAUGUGCAUCGAAGGAUACGAGAAGUCAAUUCCGUCCAUUAAGCAAUAUGUCGGCCAGAAAAUACCUGAAGAAUUCAUAAAAGCUGCCGGACUAAACGGCAAAGAUUUCAUGUUCAACCAAACUUCAUCAGUCUACAGCAAUGAUACUCCGUUAUAUGAUCUCGAAGAAGAUGGUCAAGUGAAAAAUGUUACUCCUGAGGUACUGGAAGCACUAAAAAUGUUUGGCCAUACCAACUUUCGUAAAGGUCAAGAUCGUGCAAUUAUGCGCAUUUUAAGCGGGUUGUCUACCUUAGUCACCUUAUCAACGGGCAGUGGCAAAUCGCUAUGCUAUCAGUUGCCUGCAUAUAUGUAUUCGCGCCAAAAAAAUUGUAUAACAUUAGUAAUUUCACCAUUAGUAUCCCUAAUGGAAGAUCAGGUAACGGGUGUGCCUCAUUUUUUAAGAGCCCACUGCCUACAUACCAAUCAAACACGACAACAAAGGAUGAAGACGCUGGAAUUGAUUUCAAAUGGAGAAGUUGAUAUAUUGCUAGUUUCACCCGAAACGAUAGUCGCAGGUGAACGAUCGACAGGUUUCGGAUCAAUACUUCAGCAGUUACCGCCGAUUGCAUUUGCCUGCAUUGAUGAGGCUCACUGUGUGUCACAGUGGAGCCAUAACUUCAGACCAAGUUAUUUGAUGAUUUGUAAAGUCCUAAAGAACAAUCUUGGAGUAAAGUGUGUUUUGGGUCUAACGGCUACAGCUACUCUGCCCACGCGGAUUAGCAUUAUCACCAAUUUAGGUAUAACGGAUGGUGAACAGGGCGUCAUUAGCGAUAUACCCUUACCCGACAAUCUUAUACUCUCUGUAUCAAAAGAUGAAAAUCGGGAUCAUGCCCUGUUGGAGCUGCUGUUAAGUAAGCGAUUUGAAGCGUGUUAUUCAAUCAUCAUCUAUUGUACACGACGUGACGAAUGUGAACGCAUCGCCGCAUUUUUACGUACCUGCUUGCAAGAACGCAUUGUUUAUCAAGCAAGUGGCAAAAGAAAACGUGGAGUAAUCAAUUGGUAUGCGGAACCAUAUCAUGCGGGCAUGGCGGCCUCGCGGCGGCGCACAAUUCAGAAUGCUUUUAUGAACAAUGAAUUGCGCAUUGUGGUUGCAACGAUCGCUUUUGGUAUGGGCAUCAAUAAAUCAGAUAUAAGAGCGGUUAUUCACUACAAUAUGCCAGCAACUUUUGAGAGCUAUUGUCAAGAAAUUGGUCGUGCUGGGCGCGAUAAUCAAACCGCACACUGCCAUCUCUUCUUAGAUUCCAAAGGUGGUGACAAAAAUGAACUGAGGCGUCAUAUAUUUGCCAAUUCAAUAGAUCGUCAUGUUAUCAGGAAGCUGUUACAGCGUGUAUUCGUGCCUUGUUCAUGUGCGGGAAGUAAAACGUCAAAUUCUAGCCAAGAAGAAGCUACUGAAAAGCAUAAUAUUAUGAAAAGUGUACAACGCAGUUGUCCAGGCCAUGAGAUCGGUUUCUCCAUAGAGAAAACCGUUGAAGCGUUGGAUAUACCCCAAGAGAAUAUAUCUACUCUUUUGUGUUAUAUGGAACUAGAUAAUCGUUGGCGAAUAAAUAUACUAAGUAAUGCUUUCAUCACCGCCAAAGUUAUUUCUUAUGGUGGUGCGAAAUAUUUGAAGUACGCGGCUAAAAAAUGCCCUCCUUUGGCAAUGGCAAUUGCUUGGGAAAUAAAAGAUGGCAAAUUUAAGGAGCAUGGCAAUAUUAUUGAAUUUUCCAUAAUUGAUAUAGCUGCAGCAAUCGGUUGGAAUAGUGGCGUAGUAAAAUAUCAAUUAAAAAACUUGGAAUGGACUCAAGUCGACGGUUUGCCGAAAAGAUCUCCAAUAACAGUCACUUUCAAUGAUCUGGGCUUUCGAUUAACGGCACCUGGAGAUUUUACGACUGCGGAGAUUGACGAGGCUUUGGACACCCUUUACAAUAGAACCGUAAAGCAGGAAAAAACUCAACUUAUGCAGUUGCAAUAUGUCUGCCAAGGAUUAUCCUCAGUGGCUUAUGACACUUUUAAAUCAUGUUCCAUUGAACAAUUUUCCGCUGAUCGCUGUCAUCAAUUGAAAGCGAUUAUACGUAAUUAUUUUAAAAAUGACUAUCCCAAGGAUUUAAAAUUAGAAAUUGAGGAUUCCGACAGCAUCACGGAUGAGGAUAUAAUGAACGAUGUUAAUGCUCUGUUGAGCAUGUACCCUGAGAACAAUUUCAGUGGGCGCAAUAUUGCUCGGAUUUUUCAUGGAAUACCAAGUCCAAAUUAUCCGGCUGUUAUGUGGUAUCGAUGCAAGUACUGGCGCGUCCAUCCGAAAGCUAAUUUUAAUCGUAUCGUUCAAUUAGCGAAUACUGUCAUAGUACGCAGACGCACUUAAACAAGUGUCAAAAAUAUACUCAUUACUUGUUUAGCAAACCGAUGUAAUAUGCUGUUUAUAAAAAAGAACAAACACUUUCUUAAUUUUAUUACAUUCAAAGGGGUAUAUCAUAUAAGCGUAUAUGCAUAUGCACUUCAGAUGUAUUAACCAUAGCAAUCAGCAAGAUGGAAUUUUGCAAUUUUUUGAUAUAAUAUAUUAUUAUUCCAUUGGCAUCAAACCUUUACUUACUACAAUGGCAUAGUUUAAUGUAAGCUUAUAAAGUGCGAUGAGUGCUGUCAGUAGUUAGCGGAAAUGUUGCCGCAUGAACCUGAUUACAAUAGAAGAACCAAACGUGCGUAUAUUCUUAAAUUUUUCAUCAGUCAAUGGUUGAAUUUUAUCGUAGGAAUUAUAAAGGAGUGCAGAUCGGAAUGGUUUUGCUAAAGAUAAAACAAGCUUAUAUCCUAAAGCUUUAUCCCAAAAUCAAAUAAAUCGUUGACGAGAACGUUAAUAAGAGCCCCUGUUUUAUAUAAAGCAUUUGCAGGUUUUCCUUAACUUACUUUUCUCUUUUCCUUGGUUUAAUUGCUGUACCCAUUCACAUUUAUCUACGUAUGUAUUUUUGUAACAAACAAUUCACUAAUAUAUU